GGAACACGCAUAAAAGCGGAUCUUCGAACUGCGACGUACUAUAUUGAGGAUCAGUAGAACCCAACUGGCUCCUCAUACCUCGCAACGCAUUUCCCACUGACGGAAUUUCCCGCAUGAACCUUCCCUUUGCCGUACUUCCAGCGGCCCGCGUGGACGGGGAUGGCCUUAUAUGGCUGCGGAAGUGGGCGUGCGACAACCCGGGACUGGCCGAUCACGAGACUCGAGCUGAAACGGAAUGUGUUGUUCGGUGCUGCUUUCAGACUGCGACCUGGAGCACCGCGCUGGGGAGCGUGUUUGCUGCUGUAGCCAGCUUCUGCAAAACCCCGUGCAGUUGCUAGGUGCAUUGCAGCCCGUGUAUGCAGAAAUGCCGUCCACGUUCCGAUUUAUGCCUCUUAUUUUUGCGAAAGUCUAUCUCUUGAGUAAUACUGGAGUGAGGUCAGCAUAGCGUGACUCAACCUUGGAUAUGCAUGCAGUCAUUUCUCUACUGUUGCAUUACCUGCUGGGCGCAUGGACUGGCAGUUACUGCUCGGAUCUGUAUGCGACGCGAGAAAAAAUAAAACGCGUGCCACUGGAUUAUCCCUUUAUUGCAACAAAGGACUUCUCGUUCUCACCCAUGAAUGAAUCAUAGGAGUCAAGCUCCAGACAUCUCUGUUUGCCCUUAUAUCCUGGGAUCAGUAGAAGAGUUGGCACGAAGAAAGAUAACAGACAUGUUUGAGUGUCCGUCAGUUGAUACUGACGUUUCUACAAAUGGGAUGCCGCAGUUUUGUGUUUUAAAACUAACUUCCAUUCCAACCAUGCUUAGUAGAUUUGGAUGACCAGACUUUUUAAAAACUGUUGAUACGUUUAUGAAUAAAGAAGGACACGGAAAUUUUGUCACACUGGAGAGUGCUGUGUGUGGUUUGGGGAUCUGAAAUCUUUGUACCCCCUCACAAGCCUGCUCUACCCUUCCUUCAGUGACUUUAUUCAUGAAAGCUAUGAGUUUGCCGCCUCAACAGAAGCCCAACGCAAAGAGAACAGGCAAACGCAUCACAUUCUUUAACGACCAGGGCAGUGCAAUGAAAGAGGUCUCCCAGCACACAGAGGGCCCCUACUAUGGCAUGGGGGCCCCUCCUUUGGAGCAGGGCCGCACCGAGCCGGGGGCCGUGGAAAGCUCCAGCGCCGAGGAGCCGCAUGUGUACCUCAACUCCGUCAUUUUUAGCCCAGAGAAGGGCGAGCAGAACCGAAGUCACUAUCAGCAGACCAUGCCAAUGAAAUGGCCUCACAUGGAGCAGCCUCAGCAGAGGACUGCGACCUGGUCUCAGAGUGCCCCAUUGACGAGCUGGUCCCAGAGUUUUACUCCAUACCUGGGAGCUCAGGUUAACUUCCCAAAGCAGCUCCCUGAAGGCAUGUUGAUGCCGCAGGUGCAGCUGCAGCCGUCCUCCGUCAGGGUGGGUGAAAAGCAACAGCAGGCACCCAACGCAGCAGGAGAGGCCUUCAGGGAGCCUGCUAAAAGCAACCGCAGUCUGGACUGGGGGGAGCAGCAGCAAGGCUUUCAGCAACCCCACAAACCCGGGCUCCUAAAUCCCCAGCAACACGUGACGUCCACCGCUGGGAACACGUCGGUGCUGCAGCCCUUUCAGCUAGCUUUUGGGCAGCCCAAGCAGAACCUGACGGCGGGGUUUCAGGUGUUCCAGGGCAACAGGACCUUGCCGAAUUUGAACUACAGUGCCCAGGCCAACACGCAGCAUCAGAUCCAGCAGAUGCAGAGACUGAUGUUUCAGAAGCAACAGCAGCAGCACAUGCAGCAGCAGUCCCUGCCGCAUCAGCCGCAGCCGCUGCAGCAGCAAGCGCACCAUCUCGGCCAGCUUCAGCCGCCAUCGCAGCAAAUGCAGCAGCCGCAGGUCCAGCAGCAGGUCCAGCAGCAGGUCCAGCAGCAGGUCCAGCAGCAGCAGCAGCAGCAGCAAGCGCAACAGGCCUCGUCGCAAAAGCGAAAAAAUGAACAGCUGCAAAAGCUGCAACAGAAUCAGCAAGGGGCGGAGCGAUACUCGGGUAGCCAACAGCCCCGUGUGCCUGAGCAGCCUAACCUUCAGGUGAUUGGGCAAUCUCAGGACACUCCCGAACCCCCACCCGCCCAGGCCCAGGAUCUUGCGCCCCAGCACACGACCGCCGUUCCACAGCCAUCCGCGGAGACGCAGCAGCCUGGGCCCCGGAGGUCCCGCCGCCUCUCCAAAGAGGGCGGAGGGCCUCCCUCAGAGAACCCUUUCAUUGUAGCUGCUGAUCACCUAGUUCAGGACUCCCAUAACGGGGCCCCUGAUGCAGGAGAGCCUGCGGCCAAACAGGACAUCAGAGCUGCCCCCACAGGGGUCAUCCAGAGCACGCGACGGAAGAGGAGGGUGUCCCAAGAGGUCAACCUAGAAACUCUGGCACAGAAGGCCUCGGAGAUGGAGUCACUACCCUCACACGAUGUCAAGGACCUUCUCGGGCCCUGGAGUCCCACGGCACCGGCUCCGGGCCGAGGGGUCGGAGAGCCAGACGGCUGCAGUGCCAAGCGGGGCAGGGAGGAGAGUCUGGUGCCGCUGGUGAUCCCCGUGUCGGUGCCGGUGCGGCGAGCCGAUCCCUUGUCGCAUGACCAGGAGCAGGGAGCCCUUUCUGCCGGCUGGCCACUGCGGCCCACGGGACCCGGCGACCCCGGCCGCCCUGACCACAAGCCUUCUGUCAUCGUUACGCGCCGGCGCUCCCUCCGCAACUCUCUGUCUGAGAGCUCUGGCCAGAAUGGCGGCACGGACUGCGAUGCGGACGGCAAGACGGCGAAGUCGAAGCGGCGGCCUCGUCCGGAGCCCCUCUUCAUCCCGCCGCCCAAGCCGGGCAGUUUCAUCGCUCCGGCCGUCUACUCCAGCAUCACGCCCUACCAGAGCCACCUGCGCUCGCCCGUGCGCCUGGCCGAGAACCCGCUCACGCUGCCGCCCUACACGCCACCGCCCAUCCUCAGCCCCGUGCGUGAGGGCUCCGGCCUCUACUUCUCCGCCAUCCUCUCGGCGGCGGCGGCUGCCGCUGCCGCAGGCAACCAAGGCCUGCCUCCGCCCGCUACGCCCAAAUCAGCCACGCGCAGCCUCCUCAGAUCCAACAGUACUGAAAUCACCCCUCCAGUGUUGUCAGCAAUGGGUGAAGCCACUCCAGUCAGCAUUGAGCCGCGGAUAAACAUCGGGCAGAGGUACCAGGCGGAGGUCCCCGAGCUGCGGGAACGCUCGGAGGUGCUGCUCGACCCGCAGAAGGCCGAGCUGGUGUGGGCGCCGCUGGCCGAGCUCGACGCGGGCGCGCCGCAGCAGCAGAGGGUGGAUGACCUCAUGCACCUGGCCUGCUCCAGUGCACUCUGUGGAGGAGGGACCAAUCAGGAACUGGCUAUGCACUGCCUCUAUGAGUGCAAAGGUGAUAUCAUGGGUGCCCUUGGCCUUCUGCUGAUGAAAACCCCCGUCUUCCCCAAACCUCACCCCUUGGCAGACUACCACUACUCUGGCUCAGACAGCUGGACUCCCGAGGAGAGGCGCAUAUUCAACAAGGGCAUCGGCACCUAUAAGAAGGACUUCUUCAUGGUGCAGAAAAUGGUCAGCUCCAAGACUGUGGCUCAGUGUGUGGAGUUCUACUACACCUACAAGAAGCAGGUGAAGAUGGGUAGGAAUGGCACCCUCAUGUACGGCGAAGCAGAGGCCCCUGAACCGCGGCCCACAGACGAGGAGGUGGACUAUAAACAGAGUUCACAGAGAUUCGAUUUGCGGAAGGAAGAGGAAGAUGACAGGAAGUGGGAAGGGUCAGGUGACAGGAAGCGAGACAGCAGCCCCGGCAGAGUAACACAGUCUCUACAGGCAACUGAAAGCGCCGGCGCGGUCCUGGUCCUGAGGAGCCAGGACGACGGGAGGAGGGAUUAUCCAGCGUAUGGGAUGAGCCACGCCCCGACAGCGCCUCCAAAACCCCGGCCAGAAAACGCGGCGCGGAAGAGCGGCAGCGGGGCCAAGGGCCCCGUGGCACAGGAGGGAGAGUUCCCCUGCAAGAAGUGUGGCAGGGUGUUCUAUAAGGUGAAGAGUCGCAGUGCUCAUAUGAAGAGCCACGCGGAGCAGGAGAAGAAGGCAGCAGCACAGCGGCAGCGGGAGGCGGAGGAGCAGCGGGCGGCCGCCGCGUUGAUGGCGGCACAGCAGAACGGCGCUCGGGGAGAUCAGGCACCCGUGAGGCGGGCCAGCAGCGAGGACUCCACGGACGAUGAGGAGGACGCGGACGAUGAAGACUGGCACUAGCGGAGAGCCGAACCGAGGCUAAACGGCACACGGGGCCCGGCAUAUGCUGCUGGGCUGAUUGGAAGCUUUGGGGCUGAUUUUGGCCGUCCUCUCAGGACUUGGAGUGGAUAAACAGGGACUGGCUUACUCCCUUAGUGUGUGUGUGUGUGUGUGUGUGUGUGUGUGUGUG